UGUCGAAGGAUUCCCAAGGCAGCGAGCCAGUGCCUCGCACCAUGGUUCUCGACCUCGUCGAUGGCGUGCUCGUACCUCCGAAGUCUUUCCGUCGCGACGUCCUCAGGGACGCCCUCAAGUACGAGGCGCGCCCCGACGACAUCUUCCUGGCGACGUACCCAAAGACCGGGGCCACUUGGACCCAGUACACCCUGUGGUGCCUUCUCAACCUGGACAGCGACAAGACGCAGACAAUGCCCACGUUCACAGAAAUCAUGACGAAGCAUGCGCCCUUCCUGGAACUGGUGGGUCGAGAAGUCGUCGAAGCACUCCCGGCGCCGCGACUGAUCAAGCACCACCUGACUUUCACGGCGUCUCCGUACCACCGCGACGCCAAGUACGUGGUCAUCGUGCGCAACCCGUUCGACUGCGCCGUAUCGUUUUACCACCACUGCAUGGGAGACCGGGUCAACCUGAGGAUGCGCGCCGACACCACCUUCGACGAGUUCUUCGAGGACUUCAUGGACGGCCACGUAACGUUCGGCCACUACUUCGAGCACGUCCUCUCCUGGUACGCCCACCGGAACGACCCGAACGUCUUCUUCUUCUACUACGAGCACUUCAAGAGCGACCCCAGGAAGACUGUGCUGGCGCUGGCGAGGUUCGUCGAUUCUUCCAUUUGGCAGAAGUUGCGCACCGAUAAGGCCCUGCUGAACGGCCUGUUAGAGCGCAUUUCUUUCGCCAACCUUAAGUCGAGCGUCGUGAUCGAAGGUGACGUCCACCAUGCGUUAAACGACCACAAACAUUGCGCGGCGGAAGGCGACGCGAAAGCAAGUGAAACCAAGGCGCCUGGUAAAACUGCAGCAGAGCCGAGGGCCGGUGGUGCAGACGACACCUCGAUGACCCCAGAUGACCGUGCUAAAAACUUACAGACACCUGAGGAAGAAAUCGUGUCCCUCGGCAACUUUUUUCGCAAGGGUCAAGUGGGUGACUGGAGGGGCUACUUCAAGCCAGAGCAGGAGAGGCGCCUGCGCGAGGUGUACGAAAAACGCAUGCGCGGAACGGAAAUGUGGGACGUUUGGAAGGAUUACCUGGAUUACCAUGACUGAGAGGCCGAUGCCAAUGUCUGUGCCCUAAAGGAUCAACAGAACCGAAAUUUGGGCUACGUUUUGUCAUUUUAUAAUAGUGCUACGUGCGAUCGCUUACUAUGAAUAAUUAGCGAAGGCUCCACGAGCGUGCAAUAGCAUCGUAUGACACGCUUUUAAUUUAUAACACUUUUGGCUUUCUAUACUGCCGAAUGGGAAAUAAGCUACAUCCCUGUGGAUAGCACGUUCUGAGCUCGAUGUCGUGGUAUCGACCGAGGCGUGGCACUAGCAUUUCGAUGCAGGCGAAAGGGAAGAAGGACCGCGUACUUAGAAUUAGGCACAUGUUAAAUAACCACAGAUGAUCAAAAUUAAACCGAAGUCCCAAACUACGGCGCGCCUUAUAACAAGGUCGUGGCUGUAGCACGCAGAACCCCAUAAUUAUGUUUUUAACUGAGUAUAUUAUUGGGCACUAAAGAUUACAAGAUUUAUGCGUAAGUAUAAAAGGAGUACUUCGGGAAGGGCUCUAUCGUACCUCUCCAAUUGAACCUCAAUAGA